GUCAAAUAAUCAGUGUUUUUUGUGCAGUACUGUUAAUACCAGCAGCAGGAAAAUCUCGGACGGCAGAAUUGUAUCACUCUCGAAAAACAAUCAAAAUUUAUUAUAAUUUUAAUGUGCGGUAACAACGCGUUAGUGCUAAUGAACAUUGCGGGCUAGUAGUUGAAUUUGUAACUUCAAUGGUUGGGGUGAAUUUGCAUAGCAAAAUGCAAAUGUUCGACCAGACAGACGGAUUCGGUUCGAGGAUGAUUUAAGACUUCCUGAAGAUAGUGACAAAUACAAAAAAAAAAGCAAUGGAAAAUGAUUUUCAACCUUGGGCAGAGAACAUCACCAUCGACCGUGGUUGUGUUUCCACGAAUUGAGUGCGAAAAGUCUAGUCGUCGUGCUUGAAUAUCCUGUGGUAUUGUUUUGUGGUUCUGUUUCGAUUGAUGUGACUUGGAGAGGGGGAUCAAAUUUGCAAAUUAUAAUUGACGUGUUUGGAACUGUACUGUCGUCGUAAAAAUAAACAUCGUACACACGAUAGUGGUGGAAGUAGAGUUCAGAACGGAGGCGACGAAAAAAAAAAGCAACGAGAGAUUGUUAUCAGCACAAGGGCGUGAAUUAAAUAGUCUUGGCGGUUUAAGUAGUGAUUGACGGUGGAGGAGGAGGAAGCAAGCGAUACAUUGGAAGAAACGGGAGUUUUUGUCCGAGGGAGCAUAGCGAUCGAGAAGUAAAAACAUUGAAAUAUUAAAUAAACAAUGGGAAGCGUUUGGAAGCGGCUGCAACGCGUCAACAAGCGAGCAGCCAAGUUUUCCUUCACCGUUUCCUACCAUGAGCUGCGGAUGGAAACCACGGCCAAAUGGCGCCCCCACAGCCUCCAUGUAGUCUGGACGCGAAGGUCACGUCGGGUUGUUUCCAGUCUUCUCGCAUGGGAGCCAGAUCUUGUGAAUCCGGUAUGCAGCACAAUGGCCUGGCCAAUGCCCGAUAACCACACGAUCGCAGUCACACUGUUCAAGGACAUCCGUACUCAUGAGCUAGAGGACAAGGAUUGGACCUUCGUGCUGGAGGAUGUCUCUCAGCUGGGCAAAAAACGAUUGCUUGCCUCGGCUACCAUAAAUAUGCGCAAGUAUGCCAGUAUCGAAUCCACGCAGCAAACGUUCAUUUUGGAGCUGAGGCCGGUUUCGAAGAAGAUUAUCUCUGCACAGCUGGAGCUUACGCUCAGUUGCGUUUUUCUACGGGAAGGUAAAGCGACCGACGAAGAUAUGCAGAGUAUCAUUUCGCUUAUGUCGGUAAACAACGUGUCCGAUAUUGCCCCACUGGACGACCUGGAGGAUAUACCGGAUUUGGAGAAUUCGAUCGAAAUAUCGGAACAUAUGUUGGAUUUCACUCAGCAGCUGGAACAACUGACCACCAGUUUAAAUAGCUCCGACCUGGCAACGCCAAUGAGUGUCCCUUCGCUGUCUGACGACCAAACGCCCAUAAUCAAUGGAACCAAAGACAUGUUCAAGGAAAUUCUCAACGAUCGAGGUUACAUUUCACUAACCAGCGAAGGGAGUAUCCAAAGUACUAAGGAAGAGGAUAGCGACAAUAAAGAUAAGUUACCGGAAACUGCUACACAGCAGGCUGAACAGAUACCUACGGAGUUGGACAGCAAAUCGAAACAACAACCGUUUACAAUCCACUAUCAAGAACCGUUGACUAUUAUUGAAGAGUCACAGAAAUUAGAGGAUGAGCAGGCUGAUCCCCUAGAAGCGUUGGAAGAAGAAAAAAGUCCUCCAAGGGUGGUAGCUCCACAGCCACCGCCAUUUUCACAGCUUGCACAAACACCGAUCAACGUGGAGAGCGAGCCUUCAAUGAAAAAAUCACCAGAAGAAAUGCAAAAUAGCAGAGCAGAACUGAAACCGCUCAACCUGAUCAAGAGCUACGAUCAUCAACCUCAGGAGAAAGUUGUUCCAUCGGUGGUUACAAUGCCUCCUCCCCCAGAACCGGUUGUCGAGGUUAAGAAACCAUUAUUGAGAGAUAGUACUCCUGGGCAGGAUCUACUGGAAUGGUGCAAAGAGAUCACGAAAAACUAUAACGGAGUAAAGGUCACAAAUCUCACUACGAGUUGGCGUAACGGCAUGGCUUUCUGUGCAAUCAUUCAUCACUUUUAUCCUAGCUUAAUUGAAAUGAGCAAACUGUCGCCCGGAAAUGUAAUAGAAAACUGUCGAACUGCGUUCGAUGCUGCAGAGAAACUCGGAAUUCCACGUGUUAUUGAGCCACGCGACAUGAAUAUGCUUGCGGUACCGGAUAAAUUAGCUGUAAUGACCUAUUUGUACCAACUGCGGGCACACUUCACCGGCCAUCAGUUGGAAGUCCACACGAUAGAUUCGGGCAUUCCGUGUCAGGCCUGCUCCUUAGCAGCCGAACAAGCCAUGUGCCUUUAUUCCCAAACAAAAAGUCAAAGAGGUAGUAGUGGUGAAACUUCGGACGAUUCGAGCUACGUAAUCGGCAACUACAAGUCCGACAAGCUGACGAAGGACCUGUUGAAUCUAAACGAUAUGAUCACCCCGAAGGAGGACGAUCCACUGAAGAGGGAGUCCAGCAAAGCGCAGCUGCUGGCCAACUCCAAAGUGCUGCUGGGCAAAAUGCUUUCACCAACCAAAGAAAAGUUACCCGCGUUCGUAACGCCAACCGCUGUGGAUGGAAAUGGGCCGCCAAUGCCGAAUGGUACUUGCGAAGAGGAGUGCGGUGUUGCGAACAAUAACAAUAGUAGUAGUACAGUUAAUAACAAUAGCAUAAAUAGCAGUGAGGCCGCUGAGCCACAGACUGAUGCUGCGGUUGAAGAAUCGAACGAAACGAAGAACGAUUGCGUUCAGCUGAGUGAGCGGAAUGGGCAAACGGGGGAAGAGGAUAAGUCCAAACUCCCAGCCUUGGACACAGCGAUGACAAACAAAUUAAUCAUGCGGCAUAAGGAAAUGAGUGAAAAGGCUAAAGCUAUGAUUGAAAAAUUUAGAACCACUAAUGUAGAUAGAAGUGGCGACGUCGAAGCUAACGAACGCCAAGCACGGUUGCGUGAGCAAGCCAGAAGACUAAUAGCCGAAACAAAGGCCAAAUCGCUCAAUCUCGAUUCGCCAUCGUCACCCACAAAGAUUAGCACAUCACAGAAGGUAAAUUUCUCACCGGAACGAACAAUCUCACCUAUCAACAACGUCCCGGAGUUCAUCUUCCCCACGGUGACAAUGCUAGGAACGCGCAACAACAGGGACUCACCGGUCCGGAACGGUGGAGCAGCUACUACGGACGGUGGCGAUGCAAACAGUAACCACCUGCUAAAGAAGGGUACACCUUCGCCGCACAAAUUGUCUCCAGCCCUGUUGGACAUUAUUGCACCCAGAAACGAGGGCAGGGUGGAAAAAGUGAACUACAUUCAGAGCGAACUGAACAAACUGGAACGGGAACAGGAAGCCAUCGACCAGAAAGCGAACGCACUGGAGAAAAAAUUACGAGCCGUUAUGGGUGGAACAAUGACGAAUAUGAGUGAAACUGAAGAUCAGCUAAUGUCACAAUGGUUUACACUCGUGAAUAAAAAGAAUGCCUUAUUGAGACGGCAGAUGCAGCUGAAUCUGCUUGAACAAGAGAACGAUCUUGAGAAAAAGUACGACAUGCUGAAUCUAGAGCUGCGGGCAGCUCUCUCAAUCGACGAUUGGCGUAAGACAGAGGAACAGCGAGAGAAAGAAGCUCUGCUAUUGGCUGAGCUUGUGGCAAUAGUGGACAAACGAAAUGAACUCGUUCAAAAUUUACACAGUCAAGAGCAGGCGAUUGAGGAUGAUGACGAGAUUGAAAGGAAGUUGGAAACUGUGGACAUCAACCACAAGGACGAGAAAUGUGUUAUCCAGUAAGACGAAUAAAUUCACUCGUUGGAGAUGAAGUAAAUACUCAGUUACUCGGCAAUGAAUCAAAUUCAACUCAUUAGAUUUCGAAUGGACGCAAAUCAAUGUAAAUAAUGCUCCGCUACGUGAUGGUAGCUUUUUCCCAGUUCCGCUAGUUUUAAGAAGCAUCGCCGGGGUCACUUUACCUUCAGAAACGAUUACAACCGGUGGUCGUACGGCACGGAAAACACAAUAGAGGAAAUGUUGAGUCGACGAUAGUUUUUAGUUUUAAUUGAUAUGAUCAACUCCGUCCGGAAAGGUUUAUAUUUGUUUGCAGUGAAAAAGGACAGAACUGGGUGAUGGUAAUGAACAACCUGAUCGAAGCAAUGUGCAAACAAGUUAUUUCGAUUCAUCUUUUCUCACAAAGAUUUCAUUAAGUUUUGGCUCUGUAAUUAGAUCAGUUGUACAUAUCCGUUAGUUAUUUUUGGAUUUUUUUUUAUCAAAACACAAAAAAGGAACAGCAAAAUAAUUACCGUUCCGAUUUCAGCUCUCGUUGAGUAUGCAAAUGAACCGGUCUUAUUGUAGAUUAUCUUCUUAGGCUCUAGUUAUUUAUAUGUGUUUAUUCAAUAUGAUGUGCAAAUAUUUUAUUUUUGGACCCUUUUUUGGAACGUGCAUUGGAGGUGGAGCAAGAUAAAUAUAAAUUUUAUAUAACGGUAACAAUAACGCUGAGAUACUUGUACGUGAUAUCCAAAAAAUAAUGUUAUUUUUGUAAUUUUUUGUAAUGGAGAAAAAAAGAGAUCGUAGGAACGGAUACGCAGAUUUCUCCAUUGAUGCAAAACUUUGUAAAAAUAAGACGUAGAAUGCAACUCGCUGAAAUUGGACCUGAAGAAUGUUGGUUUUUUGGUUUUAUCAAAACGAAAGCUUAUUUAUCGGCGUUCAAAAUGGGGUGUUUUGGCACGAAAAGAUUAACCAACAUAUUCUGGAAGGUUUCCAUGAACACAUGAUACAAAUGCUUAUAGAAUUCAGGAUCAGAAACAUCAUAGUCGUGAUGGCACAGAGAACAAAUAAAUAAUAAAUGGAAAUAUUCUAGUCAUUUGAGCUUAGUGUAGUCGAAGGAUCUAAUUUAAUAAUGUAAUAAGAGUAUUAUUAAUGUAAACACACCACACAUCUAGCCGCUAUCAGCAAGCCGGUAGUUCAAAACUGCACAUAAACAGGAAGCUAUGAUAAGUUUGUAUCGAACGAUUAUUAUUAUCAACCAUUCAUCAACCGCAUAACGUUUCGCUGUACAAAAACAAUUAAAAUGCUUCCUAUGAAAAUUCUGUACUAGACUUGAGGAAAUUUCGGCAAAUUCUCUAGUUUGGUUGAGGUUCUACGUAGUGAUAUAGUCAGAGCCGACAUUGUGACGAAUGCGUCACUUAAAACGAUUUUUUUGGUACAAGGAGAUCUGGUGAUCAUUACAAUAGUUGAGCGAGAGUCGUGUAACAACUACUAAAAUAUCAAUUGUCUACUCACUGAACGCUGAAGUUUCAGAUAGUUUCAAUAUUAAAGCAGUUUUUCGCUCGAUAAACCGCAAGAUGCGUUCAUUGCAUUAUUUUGGUGAAAAUAUGAAACAUUAUUUCUGUUGAUAAAAGUUUUUCAAUAUCUGUCUAGGAUCCAUCUAGUAUCUUAUUUCGAGGAAGUGCAAAAAUGAGUAAUACCGUAAUGCCGUUCAUCGUCGUUUAUUGGAAAUUGAAUAGUCCAUCGUAACAUUACCGAUUGUGUGCAUUUUGAAACAUGUUUCCGAUCAAAUUUUAUAGAUGUGAUCAUUCAACACUUUGAAAACAAGAUAUACAAAAAAAAAACUUUGAUUUUAUACAAAUCGUGUAUCUUGUUACCUUAUUGAAGAAUUUUAGACCUUUUUUCACCAUUAUGGUGUACCAUCCUGAAUCAGAUGGAUGAAAAAAAUCGUAAUUUUACUGGCACAAAUUUUUGAAUUAGUUAAUUUAAAUUUUUUAAUUUGCAAAAAUGAAUUAUGAAAUGACUGAUUUAUGAUAUUUCAUUAGGAAUUGAAAAAAAUAAGUUCACUUUUAAACUGUUCUAUAGUCACCUACUCCAUGAAGUUAUAGCAUUAGAAUUUGAAUAAAAUCAUUCAACCUAACUCUUGGGUAAAUGCGGAUAUUCACAUUUAAUGGGCUAACUGAAUGGCAAAAUAAAGUGAGCGUCAUUCUGUGGGUUCUUUGUGCAAUUUGGUUGGUUCAGGUCAAUCACGGAGAGCAACUACGAAUUGUAUAGUCUACCCAAGCUCAAGCUCAAGCUAACUGAAUGGCAAAAUAAAGUGCCUAAUCAUUUUUUUUCCUUUAAAUUCAAUAGGGUUAAGAUCCGGGCUUUGUGGGCGACAUUCGAGGGGUUUGAAGCUACACGGCCGGAACAAUGACUUUAUUACAUUGGCCGUGUGCUUCAGAUCGUCAUCCUGCUGAAAAACGUAGUGCUCUUUAAGACCCGUCUUGAUGAGGGAAACCUCGAGAUUUUCACGCAGGAUGUUUUAGUACGACUCUGCUGUCAUGAUUUCGUCAGUCUUCACCAAGCUACCCACCUCACCCCAUGAAAAGAACCCCCACACAUUCACGUAGACUCCUAUGUGCUUGACCGUCCCUUAGAUGUGACGCUCCUGCAGCUCCUCAUCCGACUUUACGGAAUUUUGACAAAGUCACUCGUCGGGCAGAAAUUUGAGUCGAAUGAGAAGGUCAUCGCCGCCUACUUUGCAGAUCUCGAGAAAACGUAUCUUUCAGAUGGAUUAAAGAAGUUGGAGCAUCGCUGGGUCAAGUGUAUCGAGCUAAAAGGAGACUAUGUUGAGAAAUGAAUUGCCACUUUUCCAAAAUUUUUGUUUUUUUGUAGGCUAAGUACUUAACGGACUGCCCUCGUAUAGUUUUCGAUAACUUGAUAAGAAUUGAUUGCUAUGACGUGUUCGAAAUGGAAGUGACAGUAAAGAUUAUCAAGUUCGAUAAAACCAAUAAAAUUCACCUUAUUUUUUUUCACCAAAAGCUUGCUUUCAAUGAGGAAGGAGUGGGUCUACGCUUUGUCAGAAUGCAAGAUUCGGGUUUCGACGUGUUCAGGUCUCACAUGGAGUCGCAGGUGCUCCAGGACAUCAAAAUAAAAUUUGGCAAUAAUUGCUUGAUCGUCAGGAAUGUUUUCACGAUGAUUGAUGAGGCAGAUGGAGCUUCUGGUCGUGUUCCUGGUCCUUGUUAAAAAUCUUGUUUUGCUCAGAUAACUUUUUCCGUGCUAUUACCCUUUUGAAAAUAAAGUACAGUCGCAUUAUAGUGCGAAUUGUAAUUCGGACAGCUUUCAGUGUAUGUAUAAUAUUUUGAAAAAAUCUGGCCAGCAACCGGUUAAUUCGGUGCAGUAUUGCUCUAUAGUCAUCUGUACGAAGCGUAUGAGCGAUGUUUUGAUACCGAUUUUAGCGUGGGAAAAAUAAAAUUCAGAAUGUAAUUUUGUAAAUAAUUCUACGGACAAUGUUAGUGAAAUUAAAAUAAAAGAAUAUAAGACAAUCGCGACUACUAAUGAAGACAAAUUGCUCUAUUUUUUUUUAAAAGAGACCACACGAUUUAAGGUUAUAAUCAAAAUAAAACUAAAUAAUUGCUACAGACCCCGAAAACAUAGCAUUGUUGCAUUGCCCCAAAAGAAAAAUGGCCCCACUGAGUCGGAGGAUGUCCGGUGUGAUACUGCAUUAUGAUCACUUUGGAAGUCUAAAAUCGUGCCUUUUUUGUCCACGUGGUAUGUGGACAGCCCCUAUUUCGUUCGAAGCCGUUAUUUCGUUAGAGUUACAAUUUCGCAUUCCUCUUUUCUGAACGUUUUGCUUAUUUAAUGUUCGAAGCGAAACAGAUCGAAUCAUUUCAACAACUCGAACGAAAUACAGAAUGAAAUUUUAUCAAGUCGUUCGAAACAUUCCUAAUCGAUCGAAAUACAGAAUAGGGGUGUUUAUCUCGAACCUCGAUUUCCGCUGGCGUUGCCUGUCGUUGCUUUUCUGCGUAAGGCUUUUUUUGCAUUUUUUUUAUUGCAUCCCUGUCCCAUGGUCAUGGUCAAGCAAUGAACUCCAAUGGUGACUUGCGGAGCUGUGUUAUUUGAGUAGACAUAGUUCUAUACUGUUUCUCGACUGGAUCGUUCAUUUGGAACUAAUACGUAAUAAUAUAGGGUAGAUAGGAGCAAUAUGGUCCCCCUAAGAACGAAGCGUCCUAAAACACGUAGAAACGUUUACAAAUUAUGCUACAUGUUAAAACCUCACGAUUUGAAACCUUAUUGAUCGAUGUAAAUUGUAUGAAUAUACUUAAAAAAAGAUUUAUGUGGAAAAUUUACACUUUAAAAAUGUGUUCCAUUUCCGUCGAUCGCCAUGCGGGGCAAUAUGACCAUGUUAGUUGAUUCAAUCUUUUGAGCAUGUUUUCGCUAGGAAAAAACGUAACAUGUUCAUAAAAGGAAAGUUUAUUCUAUUUUGCAACUAUCACGUAUAUUUCAUUGGGUUUCAAUCAGUUAGCAUGUACAGAACAUAACAAUGUGAUGAAAGUGAUUGGACUGCAAUUUUUCGUUACUCAAAGCAGGAACAGAGAAUAUCUGUGCCGUUAUGUACCCAAUAUUGCCAUCGAUAGCUUUGGAUCCAUCCAUCGCCGCCCGUAGGGGAACUAAAUUGUGCCGACAGUAGCAACCAAAGGAGUCCUGUGGAAGAUUCUAUAAUCGUUAUUCCGUGUUCAACACUCAGCGCUCAGCUGAAGUUAUAGCGCUUUUCUGCCAUUUUCCCCGCAUUGUUAGAAUUUUGGAAUUUCUGGUCUGUACCUGUUGAAUGAAGAUAAUAAUUUUUAGUUUAUUUGCUUCUCCUAUUGAUAAGAGAUAGUUAUUGGAAUCACUGAAUUCUCAUCGACGUUGAAUUGCCUUAAUGGUGGAAUGUUGUAUUUCUGUUGUACGUCCUCCAGUAAAUCGUAUAAUUUCCCGACUGCAAUGCGAUUGAAUUCUUGUGCCCUGGCGGCGGAGGUUGCUUCUGAUGUCCGAAAAGAGAGUUGUGGGUGCUGUUUUCGAAAGCCAGCCAACCAAUCUAUUCUGGCUAAUUGCUUUUGGCUAUUGGAAGUGUGAGGAAUAUCAUUUCUUUCGGCCAAAUCAUACGCCAGCUUCCGGAUUUCUCUUGUCGUAAAACCGUAGAAUCCUUGUCCAUAGCGAGAAUAUAGCUCCGUCGUUAAAACAUUACCAAUUGAUCCGAGCAGCUGGUGCUGCAAAGGACCUGUACAAUGUAAAUAACGUUUAAGUGUUUUCCGCGGGACACAAUGCACGAAGAAUGCAUGUCGCACUGACGUAACACUCUUCACCGCUUCGAUUGCCGCGUUCAAGCCGUUCUGUGACCACUUUUUACGGUCGGAUGUUCUGGUAUAAUUCCGCACCAUGAUUCCACAUCUAGCUAUUUUCAACUAUGUUUACAAAUGUUGACAGCUGUAUUUACAGGUUAUGUUGGAAAAAUACAUGGUCAUACUGCCCCAAGCAGGUAUGGCCAUUCUGCCCCGUACAUUUACGCUCAAUAAAAAUGAACUGAUCUUUCACAUGAAACGGCAAAGCAGUACAACAAAUCAGUGGAAAUGUUCAGAAAUAAUACCAGUACGAAUUGAUAUAAAGAGCAGAGUCAUAAAUUUCAGUAUGAAGCGUACAGAGCUUAUUUUGUUGACAGCUUUUCAUAUAUGGUUUUCGUCAUAAUCAGUCAGUGUGAGAUUCGUUCCAAUAUCUUUAUAAAAAAAUUGAAUUCGAAUACGGUUUUCACGGAGAUACUUAAUAAGAAUAUUUCUAACACAAUUGUUUAAAAAUUAGUGCUAUUGGUUCAAUAACAAGCUCAAACGAAGGGUGGCCCAUUUCGCCCCGCCUGGUCAUAUUGCCCCUAUCUACCCUACACAAGCCGGAUAUUCUUACUAGUACAGUAGCUUUUGAACCCUUCGCUCUCGAAUAGCGGCCCAUUGCCCGCUCGAAUAGUGUUCGAAUUUGUGAUGGUCUUCUCAACAUUAGUCUCCUUCAUCACAACCACUGCCAGAAAUCGAAUGUAGUAAUCAAUUACUACCAAGAACGUUACACAUUGUUUGACAGAGAAAAUGUCUAUCGUCAAUUGUUGCCAUGCACGAUUCGUCAUCUUCUUCCGUAUUAUUGGUUCCAGCGGUGUCUGAGAACUCAGUGUAGCACAUACAUACGGAUUUUCUGGGAUUUUCUUAACCCAUUAACGAGCUGCUGUGAAAAUAUAUUUUUUAACAAAAGCCAUUGGGGUAAUUUUGAUUAUUAACGUUACAAUAAUUUUUCCCGUUCUGUGUUGGAAGAUAUCAGGUGCACAAUUGAUACCGGAUGUAAGUCACUUGAAUCUCAUAAACCUCUAUUUGUAAUAAAUGUCGUGACAUCACCCGAUUCUGGAUUCAGCUCAACGUGAUAGAAAGCCGAUGGUAUGUCUAGCUCAGAAAAUCACUUAAGUUAGUUCAACUGUCUCUUCAUUGUUUGGUUUGGAUACCGUAUAUUUAUACGCAGAGGAAUGUCAAUCGUUCUCUUAGGGACUAUUACCAUUGAUGAAAUCCAUUCCGAAGGACCAACUUACUGUAGUCUCCAUCGCUGCGGUGUUCGAGGGUAGGCAAUCUUUCUUGGGGAAAUAUCCUGAUCAAUAAACAACAUGACUCGGAUCUGAGGCCCGUUUCAAAUAUUACACCAUCGAUUUCUUCUACGCGAGAGGGAACUACUAACGCUCUGUCGGAAAAAAAAAGUCACAGGAGGGUUGUGUUCGAAACACGACCGCAUUGUUGACGUAGGAUUCCGUUAGGCUAUCUGUUGAUUUUGGAUAUUCUUGAAGAAUUACAUCGUUUGAUAAUGAUUUGAUGGCCCAGAAAAGGGUCGUUUUGUUUGGUUGUUGGAUAUUGUUUGUUCACUUCACCAGUAUUUACCGAGUGAUGAUGACAGAAGGAUGCUAAACAGUCGUUGGAUGGUGCGUAUCAGAUAAAAGAUGUCGAAGCGGAAUGAGAUAUGAUGAAAACCGCCCUCUGUGACCCUAGACGGGAUGCGUCCUGUGUUAUGUAUGUAUGAAAUAAAGAAAAAAAACUCACCAAUGUAAUAUAAGAUAAUUACCAAUACCGAACACAAUUAUCGGUUUUUCUCAUUAGUAAAAACAUAUUACUUAAAUAUAGAGAAAAUUUGAAAUGGAAAAGGUAAUUUUAUUUUAUAAUUUUUGCUUUCUGAGUGUUUAUUCAACCCAAUACGAAUUUUAAUUGGACUAACAACACCUUAUACUAUAUGUAAAGCAUAUGAGAAAUCACUUUUUCUAAUAUUUUUUUCACUUUUCCAAUUUUUCUCGCCGUAUGAACUAUACCUGGGUGAAAUUGAACACAACACAGACAGUUUAAACCUAGCGUCCCGUUUCCGAGCGGGAACACACCUUGGUUUUUAUUUAUGGAAAUUGAAACAAAUCGUUUCAUAUAUCAAGUCAUUCUUAACCCAACUGCUACCAUAUACAAUUUUACUUGUGCUAAAUUUUUCACAAUACAUGAUCGGUCAUUGAUAUGAAAUUUCACGAAGCAACCAACAUUAAAGUUCCAAAUUUAAAUUUCAUUUGCAAGAAUUAAUCGUAUCACUCACCUUACUUGCAAUAUAAAAAUGCCCCCGACUUGCAUAUAUUUGCAAUGCCGAUUUCCCUCUGGCAGCGUAGUUUUGAUGUCUCUGUUAGGGGAUACAUUUCGGUAGGAACAAAAGUUCCCCCUACCUUCAUUUAUUUGCAACUCCGAUUUCCCUCUGGCUGCUUUGUUUUGAUGUCUCUGUUAGGGAACCGCCACAUGUGUCGUCAAUUUCGACCAGUCAGAAGUGUGUAUUUCUUUAGGAUAUGGAUUGAGAUUUUUUAAUUGUUCGAUAGUUAGUUUCAUGACAUAUAAUUUUCUUCAAUAUAAAAAUUGUUAUUGAGUGCCGAAAUCGAUUGAAGCAAAAAUUUUAUCAAUCCAUCAUGAAAUGACUGAGCAAUAAGCGUUUGAAAUUGGACAAUUUUCACUAUGUGCUCGGUUUUCGGCUUAAAAUUUGUACCCCAAUAUGUUCCUGAAAGACGUAAUCCUACGUCAAAAUCGAUGUUGACCAAAAACUAAUAAUGCUAGAUCGUCAUGUGACAUGCUGUGAAAUUGAGGCAACCUUUUGAAAUAGCCACAUAAGCAUAUACAAUAUAUAACCGUUCGAACUUUGUUCUCAUUAGUUCUCUUAUAUACUUACAAAUUAUCAAAUAGAUGCGCGUGUCGAUUGAUGCAAGCAAUUAUUUUUUUAUCCAAAAUAUAUAUUUUUUAUUAAGGCUCAUAUGGCGUCAACCUGACGGGGCUGGGAGUUCAAUAUUUCGACAAUGUUUGUCUUAUAACUAUGUUAGUAAUAUGUAACCGAUUACUCGCGGUUGGCUCGAGGUUAGUAUUACAAGUGUUUUCGUAAUUGUGAUGUUGCUGUCUCCAAUGCUCUGUACCCGUGCCCGACACGGGAUACUUCCUAUUGGGAUGCAGCUGACCAUUAAUCAGCAACGCCCCCCUAGUCUGUACCCCAUAUAUAGCGUUGUGCGUCUUCUCGACUCGAAAAAUCCAUGAUAGAAUGGUCACUAGCCGGCGCAAACAUCAGCUCGUGUAGAGUUGUCAUGAGCGGUACAACCUUUGGCUCUUGUAGAAUGAUCAGUGGACUGCACAACCUUUGGCCCGUGUAUCUGUAAAGAGUGUGUGUAUGUAUUGCCGCAACUAAGUAAAAGUUUAUAGAUCGGAUAGGAGGGAUUUGAAACAGGGAUACAACGAAGGAAACAUCAUUAAACGUUGACAUCGGCGUUUCUGAGGAUCAGGUAUAGAUGAAGCAGUAGAUCAGGGUCACGGCUACCUAAGAUAUCCCGGACGGGGAUAUCCGAUUGUCUGCCUUUUGCUCUCAGUGUGUGGGAAAUUUGCUCGUGGAUGUUGAAACAGCUACUAUGAUAUUUGCGUUUAGUGCAGGUGGAGUUCCGGCGAUCAACUCCAAUUGUAUGCAGGUAGUUAAUCUUCUUGAUUGGGGAACUAGACUUGACACGUAUGAUUCUCGGGCAAAAGGCAACACACGGAGGAGAAUGUCAUGGUCAGCCAAUCCUGCUGUGUUGCUCAGCAAUUUAUUUUCCUCAAUCAAAUAUAGCACGAGAGCCCUCAUUAGCUUUACUCCCAGUUCCCCUUUAGGAAACACGGACGCGGCUAUGACAGUUCUUAGUGCCUUAGGGAAGUUAUCACCAAAAUCAGCAGGUGACAGCGCUACAGCUCUGGGUAUAACUAGAUCCUCAAAACUUAAUAUUGUUAGUGUCAUGAUCGGGAACACUGCCGCCACUCUGGAUAGUGUUAUCACUGUGUUCCCACCGCGUCCCCCAUUGUUUGCCAAGGCAUAUCGAUUUUUAAGUCCUGAAAUGCGGACUCGUCCGGCCUCAUUAGUGCGUAUUAACAUCUUGUCCACAUUAUUUCCCCUGCUAAGAAACAAGAUGAUCAUAGCUGCUGCGUCUCUCCUUAUGUCUGCCUUAGUUCGACCUUCACCGGCUAAUCCUCUCCUAAAAAUUUCCUUAGUUAUUCCAACUACAUUCAACCCUUGAUACUCGAAAUCAUUCAAGGUCUAACGCAGAAAAGAUAUGAAGUCAUCUGUGUCCAGGAGGCGAACUAGCUCAUUCAUUUCAGAUCUGACAUCUUCAAUCGUGGUUAUGUCCUCAGCAGCCAUCUCUGUUUAUUCACUUUUGCUCUCUUGAAACUGAAACUGAAACUGAAUGUGAGUGGUACAGCAGAACUGGCCUUUCUGGUCAACAACACAAAACUGAUGAUUCAAACUCAAAUUAAAACAAAAUCCUAACUUGCACAACAACGAAAACACGCACGUAAUGAUUAAAAUCCUUGAUUAAUUGAAGGGCAUCAAAUGACUGUAAGACAGUAACAAGUGCACCAUCUAUGUUUAUGCGUUUGACUCAAGAUGAGCUGAAUCCACAAGCAAAUCAAAUUCAACAAUCGUCCUAAUCGUCCUACUUAACUCUGCAUUGUUGCUUAGCCAUUUCUAAAUGAGCUGCUAAAUUUUUUAAAAAAAUAUUGAAAAAAAUUUUCCUUUACACUUUGCAAAGGUGUACGUUAUAUCGAGGUAAAAUGUACGUUAUAUCGAGGGUACGUUAUAACGAGGGUACGUUAUAUCGAAGUUUCCCUGUAGCAUUAUAUAGCGCAUUUCCUUAGAAAUUUCAUUAAUUCAAUAAAGUUUUACACAAUUGGUGAAUUAUUUGUUUACAAAAAGUCUAACCAGAAAUAUCAUCUUCCAGGGGUGCGUUCCAUUGACACAAUUAUAGUAAUAUUGUCUGGUUUAUAACCUUCAACACCCUAUAGUGACAAAUAAACCCGGAUACAUGUUCCAAUGUACAAUUCAAGAUGGAUCCAUACACAAAUUCAGAAUCCGGAAUAUAUCUCAGAAUCGCUUUCAAGAAUCCGAAUAUGCGUUCUGCGAUCUGAGAAAAUUCGAAACGAGAAAUGAGAAAUGAGAAAUGCGGAAAGAGAUAUGAGAAAUGAGAAAUGUGAAAUGAGAAAUGAGAACAACACUUUCCAAUUCCUUAGUGAAAUUAAAGAACGAUGGGAGAACAAUCCGAUUUCAACGGUUCGAUUAUUUGGAUUAGCUGUAGUUCUUGUUGCACCUCAAAGAUUUUUGUCAUCUCAUAAUCAUAAAGUCGAUUUUAGGGUUAUUGAAGCAUGGCCUGUCAGGUCUGAGCUCAACGAAAUUUGGAAUAUACAAUUGAAAUAGUGGUUUUUUUUUCAUGUCAUAUUUGUCAUGAAUUCGCUGAGCGCUUACUUGUGGCACAAAUUCAGACAGCUGAAUCGUCAACGACAGCAGGUGUAUGCGGGUGAGACGGACAAGGGUGGUAAAAUUGACAUACGAUUGAAUUGCAUAGAUGCAUUUUUAAUUUCUUAUUUCUGGUCAUGAGAAUCUCUCCUGUAUGUUAUUCUUUAACACUUUGACGGCCAUGGUGUUUUGGCCAACAAGUUCGUAAAAAACCAAUGGUUGAUUCUAAUACUAAAUGGUGCCAGGAACCCAUCUAGCAUAAAAUUUCAUCCCCAUCUGCCAUAUAAGGGUAAAAACUACCCGUGUUUAGUACUGCACACACGGCCCCAACUGGUAAACGAGUAAAAUAUCGAUAAAAAUCAUUAUAAAGCAAUUUAUUUUUUUACGAAAUUAUAUUUUUUAUAACAUUAUUUCAAGCUCGUAACAUGUCUUCUAUUAAAACAAUCCAGACAUAAAAACUUUUUGGAGCAUUUCGGGCAGUGCUAAAUUGUAAUUGGUAGAAUAACACAAGCAGUGAUGCCAAACUAUGAGAUCGAUGUGUCCCACUAUGUAUUAAGGCCAAUAGAAAAUGAUAAACACAUUAGUUUUAACGUAAAACGUAUGCUGUAGCGCACACAUUUGAAACUUUGGAAGAUUUCGCGUGUGCAGUACUGCACUCAUGCCCCCAGCGAAAUAAUUUUUGAGUGCAGUACGGCACUUAUGGCCGUGUUGAUAUUCGGAAAGCACAAUGACGACUGGUCAAGAGUGGAAAAUGGAAAACAAAAUUAUUUAACGGCCAUUCGAAAUAGUUUCAUAUCUUGGUUGGAAAAAAAUAUUUCUGUCGCGAGCGAUAUUUUUUUACGUUUCGUAUAUUACAAACCUGUUCGCUCUGGUUCUACGCAGGACAUUAUUGUUUUUAGACAAUUACUGAAGCCACAGGACUAUAAAAAAAACAAGAACCACUUUCGUGUCUCUGGGGUGUCAAGCGAUCACUGUUUAAGAUGUCUUAAAAAUAACACAUAACCUAACAGAUACAUAAUACCAAAAUAUUUUUUUAUAAGGGAUAUAUCUAAGAAACUAAAAUGUAUGACACUGUUCAGUUGUUCAACAUCGCUGCAUCAACGAAUCGUACAAAAAUGUCAGUAGAGUGACUAUGCUCAAACUUCAGCUAACAAAUCAGCUGUAGUACAUUGGGCAGGCAAUUCUUAGGAAGCAUUUUAUUUGUUUUUAAGCACUCAAUAACUCAAUACUUAGUAUACCAAACAAAUAAUCACAUUUUCUCAUCUUUCAAAAUCUCCUAUCUCGCGUAACGCUCAUAUUCAUACACUACAUUUCUUCACAUCAAUCAACAGAAAAAAACAUUGAACGCUUUUUGAAUUCAUCUAGCAGAAAAACACGACGAUACGUUUGUGUUGAGAUAAAAAAAACGAAAUAAAAACACAAAGCAGGUGAGGUUCCGGGUUGAUUGCGGGAAAAAAGCUGCUCUAGCGAACAAAGAUCAUCUAUUUUCAGAAGUCAUUCAGAGUUGUAUUUAUAUAUAUUUUUCUCAUGAUAUAUAUAUAUAUAUAUAUAUACCGUGCUAUAUGAUAAGUAAGUUUACAGUGGAAGUACCAUACCAAGUAAUAAAGGAGGAAUUUCGA